UUGCUUUCCAUCUCAUUAUUAAUUGGAGCAGAGCAGAAGGAUGAAGAUCAGCAGCGCUCUGAGUGUUGCUGCGAUCACACUUCUCUACACAGCAGGUUCCCUCUGCCAGUCAGAAGUGUGUGGUCGAGUGCCCCUCAGUGACAGGGUUGUUGGGGGGGAGAAUGCGACGGCAGGUGAUUGGCCGUGGCAGGUCAGCAUCCACGUGAUCGGCUUCGGUCACAACUGUGGCGGGACUCUCAUCACUAAAGACUGGGUGUUAUCUGCAGCCCACUGCUUCCAGAGUGCGGGUGUGUCUGACACGGUGAUGUACUUCGGUCGUCUGAGUCAAUCCGGCUCAAACCCUCAUGAGACAAACAGGACAGCGAGUCGAAUAAUCAACCAUCCUAACUAUGACCCGUCUACUAUUGACAACGACAUAGCACUGAUCGAGCUCUCCUCCUCUGUGGCCUUCACUGAUUACAUCAGGCCAGUGUGUCUGCCGGCGGCUGGUAGUGUGUUUGCUGCAGGGACAGAGAGCUGGGUCACUGGAUGGGGCAAACUACAAUCUGAAGACACCCAGGGGUCUGAUAUUCUGCAGGAGCUGAUGAUUCCGAUCGUGAGCAGCAGUGACUGUGAUAAGGCUUAUGGAGGGGGCAUCACAAGCAAUAUGAUCUGUGCAGGAUUCUUAAAUCAGGGAGGGAAAAGUAUAUGUCCGGGAGACUCUGGAGGUCCAAUGCUCAGCAGGAAAGACUCCCUGUGGAUUCAGUCUGGCAUUUCAAGUUUUACUGGACGAAAAUGUGAUGAUCCCAAACUUCCCAGUGCAUUUGCCAGAGUUUCUCAGUACCAGGACUGGAUCAAGUCUUUCAUGGACAGCAACCCACCUGGAUUUGUUGAAUUCAACACGGACGUUCAACAUUCAACUCCAACUACAACUCCAACUAGAACUCUAACUCCAUCUAUAAAUGCAACAUCCAACUCACACUUGGGAAGCGCACCCAACCUCCUCCUAUUCCCUCUUUCUCUCACAGUCUCCAUCAUUCCAUUCACCUUCUCCCUCUUUCUCUCUUCCUAAAGACUGUUUGAACAGUAAUUCUCAGGGUUCUUUGGUGAAGAGCACAGUUCUGCUGUACAUGCUCUAAUAAAAUGUCAUUUAUUCUUUAUCUUUCUCUAUAAAUGUUCUUGAACAGCUCUCUUACUGACAUUACAAGAGCAAACAGUAAUGACGUUUAGUUCAUCAUGCUUCUGUCCUCUGUGAUUCAUAAAUAGUAGAGAUUGACUGAUAUUGAUUUUGUUUUAAUGAUACUGAUUAUUUUUAUGCUUAUACGUUUGAUAACCAAUAUCCAUAACCCAUAUAAGCUCUGGAGCUCUGUGAUGUGAUCAGAGAAAUGUAAUUUUAAUCUUUAAUCAUUUUCCAUGUUGUAGUCACACGAUCAAACAGAAUAAACACAGAAGAAAUGA